AUGUCGUACGCGUCCUCCGCCAUCAAGCGGCUCAGCAACGAGUACCGCCGCCUGCAGAAGCCUGAGAACCGCGUCCGCGAGUAUUACGUCGCGCCACUGGCAGACAACAUUUUUGAAUGGCACUUCACGCUGCGUGGCCCCGGCGGGGACGACAACUCGCUUCCGUACAAGAAGGGCAUCUACCACGGCGCCCUCAUCUUCUCCCGCUCCUACCCGCUGGAGCCGCCAGACAUUCUCUUCUUUACCCGCAGUGGUCGCUUCGCCGUGCGUGAGAAGAUCUGCUCGACUAUCAGCAGCUACCACAAGGAGCUGUGGCAGCCGACGUACGACAUCGCGCUGACGUUGACGGCGCUGCGUCAUUUUAUGGCGCAGGAGGACGAGUUCGGCGUUGGCGCCUUCCCCAAAAACAUGAUCGCACGCGAGACGAAGGAGGCGUGGGCCACGGAAACGUGGUCGUUCACGUGCAGCACGUGCGGGAUGGCAACGAAGGACGUGUGGGAGACGCAGAUGAAAAUGCACCCGGAAAUCUCGCCAGAGAAAGAGGCGCAGGUGCCGAAGCUGCCGCCGCCACCACCACCACCCGCAACCCCUGCAGCCAGCGCCAUGGCGAAGCCCGAGGACGCAGAAGCAACGCAAGACGCGCCCGAUACCGCGUCGUCACCCGCCCCUCCCCCGUCCGCCACUCCCUCUUCCACGCUGCUGCCGCCGCCCACUGCCGCGGAUGCGAGUGAGACAGCUGCCAAAGCCCCCGACGCACCACAGAGCCACAAUGCCCCCAAGGACACGCCAUCUUCACCGGCGCUCGCGUCGACGGUAGUGGAUGCGAAUGCGCUCCAGUCACCUACACCAGGCGUCCAUGGCACACCGCAGACGCCCAGUCCAGCGGCGCACGAGCACACAUCGAAGAGCGGCGCCGCCAUAAACGAGGAGGGAGCGAUGAGCGAAGAUGACGACGCGCUUGCCUGCUUCACCGACGUGAGUCCUGCUCGAGUCGUGCGAGCGCCGGUGGCGGCUGCACCACCACCACCAGCAGCAGCAGAGCCUGACCGUCUCUACGACAUGCGCCCCGAGUCCCUAGUCUGCGAUACUCCUCAGAGUGAAGCGGGGCUCGCCGCCGCCGCCGCAGCAGCAGCAGCAGACGCGACGCCACCGGUGACAAGCGCUGUGGUAGACGGCGUUGUUGCAGCUGAUGUGGCAGGGACGUCGGCUUCGCCUCUUUCGCCAGCUGCUGCUGUGGUCGCGCCGCCACAAUUCGCGCAGCGCGUCGUCUUCGGAGUGAGCAUCAUGGAAGUGUCGAUACCGCUACGCCUUCUCGAUCGCGCCAUCAUCGUCAGCUUCCUCUUCGUGGUGCUGAUCCUGCUGCGUCGUGGCCUCUGCAGUCUGCUAAUGAGCUAG